AUGUCGCCUUCUCUUCUUGUUCUCUGUCUCCUUGCUGGAACAUCCUGGGCUUUCGUCCCAGAUGAUCCAGACUUCACAGGAAUACGUUCCAUCGGAUAUCCAAAUGAUGAGUUCUACCUCACUCGAAAUGCCUUCGCUCCUUCCUCAGAUACAGCUCAACAGGUCGUCGAGAAGUUCUUGGCUAGAAUGACUCGAUCAUUGGAAUCCAAAGAUGUCGCAGUUAUUGCCGGAUUAUUCCAGCCUGGAUUUGUAUUCAGAGGAUGCAGGAUCACUGCUACUAAAAAAGAAUAUGUGAGUCGCUUGUUGGAAAUUCCAUCUGGAACCAAGCUCACAUUCACACUCAAGUCUGUCCUUGAUACCGGAUCGUCGAUCAAGUUCACUGUUCACGUCAGUGGAUUCCAUCCAGCUUCCAUCGAAGCCAACUUCAUCUUGAACAAACUCGAUCAACAACUGGAACUAGGAGAGCUUUCGACUUGCUCACGUGGAUUCCUAGGAUUCUCCCAGCAAGAAAACUCGAAUGAUGUAGUUGAACGAUUUUUGGAGCAUGUGAAACAGGUCAUGGCUUCACGUUCUUCAGCUCUCAUUGGAAACCUACUUGACGAGGGAUUCGUUUUCAAGAUGUGUGAACCAAAUCCAAAAAGCAAAGUCGUCGAAUAG